CUUAUUAUUUGCAGUAUGCAGAGCGUGUGUCAUUGCUGUGACUGGAUCCGACACCACUACGGUCGGAGCGCAGAAUACCUUUCCCUGCUGGACCAGAUGGGGAGGAGAUAUCACAAACAGAAUGCCCCAGUCCUUUUCCCAACAUCACUUUACAGACACAUAGAUGAUGCUGAGUUUGAGGACAAAGUCAUAUUCCUGAAAGAGACCAUCUAUCAAAUCACAAAACUGUUUGAUGGAAUAAGGAAACUGUCAGCCUGGGACAAGAAAACUGACCAUUUCAACAUUCUAGAACGCCAAUUGGAGAACCUUAAUCCUGUAUCACCUGCCAUGAAACCUGAGAGGAGACUGAAACGGUACUUCAAGAAGUUGAAUAGGAAGGUUCUGAGAAAAAUGAACUACAGUGCACAGGCGUGGGAGCUCAUCAGGAAAGAGAUGAAACGUCAUCUGCAAAGAUUGGAUAUCCUUGCAGCACAGAUGUACUGAUCAUCCAGACUCAUUUCAGAAGCUACGCCCUUACCAGUUUAUAAAGCAUGAAUACAAUCAUGUGGGACCCUG